ACGAGCCUAGCGUUGUGUUGAGCGAACAAGCUACUAAGGUGAAGGUCAAAAUCAUCCAUGCUCGCCUGCAGUGAGAACGUUGCGAAGUUUACAAUCCUAGUUGUCGCUGACAAUGAAUUAUCUGCCAGGAACUGCAAGUCUAAUUCAGGAGAUAGAUAAGAAGCUCCUGGUGGUGUUACGAGAUGGGAGAACUUUGAUAGGGUAUCUACGGAGCAUUGAUCAAUUUGCAAACCUCGUCCUGCAUCGGACUAUCGAAAGAAUUCAUGUGGGGAAGAAGUAUGGCGACAUUCCUAGAGGCAUCUUCAUCGUAAGAGGGGAGAAUGUCGUGCUUUGUGGGGAAAUUGACCUGGAGAAUGAGAAUAACCUGCCCUUGGAGCAGGUGUCCAUAGAUGACAUACUGGAGAUGCAGAGAGAAGAGCAGCUGCAGAAGCAGCAAGAGGAAGAGAAGAAGAAGAAGGCGCUGAUGGAGAGAGGUUUGCAGCCCAACGACCACUCCGUCAUGGACGAGUUCUUCUGAGGGUGUCCGAGGGGAGAUAUAAUACUGACAGAAGCUGGAGACUAGAUUGUUGGGGAAACUGAAUGUUGUCUUUUCUGUCAGGUCCCCACAUUGGCAUGGUGCAUGUUGGUGGAGAGGAUGCUUCCUGAAGUUGAUUUAUGAAGGAAUUUCAUUGGCUGAGGAAUGGAUAGGUUCCAAUGUCUGGCUAUAGUGAAAGGGUGUAACAAUUCUUGUUGCAUUUAAUAUUUGUUAUACAUUUUGCUCUUUCUGGCUGGGUGGAAGGGAGCUUAAGAAAAUAAUGAAAUAUUCAUCACAAGGUAUCAAGAUUAGU